AUGGAGAAGCAUAUGCAAAGGACAACUAAACGGCCUGGUCUGCUUCACCUCACUCUGUUGCAUUCUCAGGCUCUACGAAAACACCGGUGGCGUGUUUACUGGGUUCUAACUACUGAUCUCAUUCGCGUGAAUGAUGCCUCAGCUGGAUGCAAGAUCUUCAGCUUUAUCGUCUGUGGUAAGUGUCAGUUCACCUGUGAUUUUCCGCAGGAUUUCAUCCAGUUAUACAGACGAAAGCCAUCGAAGUUCGCCGAGCACAUCAAGAAUUGUCGUGGAAACAAAGCAGGGCUAGUCAGAAUAGUGUCCCAAAUUGAAUCACAAGUACGAAAAGCUGUUCUGAGGAACAAAUCAAACACGAUAGACUCGAAUGACGUGCUGUUAGUUACUGACGCACUAGCAUGCAUUAAUGUCAUUCUCCAAUCUGAUAUGGCUUCUGUCAUUAUUCGGAAAAAACGAAGUCGUCUGGCUUUGAGCAGUAUCCAGAAAUUACUGAAGGGAUUCAACCGUCCUUCAUCUGCCAGUGUGUGGGCGCCCUGGCAGUAUCCCAGCCCACGUACAACCAUGAAUAGCACAUACACAAGUAAACUAAACUCACAUCGGCCGUCGCGUGGUGCCAUCAGCCGGGUCGCCUUACUUGCUGCAUACAGCAGGGCGGGUAAGCGAAAACAGGCUACUGCUGACGCCUCCCUUCUUUCUCCUUCACAUACUUUUUCUUCCCCCUCUCCCCACCCCAUUAAUAACUCUCUCCUUGUAGGCCCAGCACUUAGGACUGAUGACUCCGUCCGUCAUGCAUCGGUUUUGCGUGCAGCAUCUGCUCAUCACAUGGUGCCGACAUCUCCAGGCAUCUCCAAAUCAAUAUGGCUGGCACCCGAUGUCAGUGGCGUUCUUGUUGUCAGUUUUUGUCCAGAUUGCCUGAAUGAAUGUCUGGAGGUGCUUUCAAAUAAGUCAUGGCUGUACGGCAGUGAAGCAUUGGUGUUGAGCACUGAUGUCAUGCUGUCGAUGAUGAGGCAUUUGAAACUGGUCCGGCCCUAA